CACACACACCGGAGAUAGCAGCGAGAAUUCGUCUACAUCUCAUCAUGGCUUCAACCACAACGUGUACCAGGUUCACGGACGAAUACCAGCUCUUCGAGGAACUUGGAAAGGGAGCCUUCUCGGUGGUGAGACGAUGCAUGAAAAUCUCCACGGGACAGGAAUACGCUGCCAAAAUUAUCAACACCAAAAAAUUGUCUGCCAGGGAUCACCAGAAGUUGGAAAGAGAGGCUCGGAUUUGCCGACUUUUAAAGCACCCAAAUAUUGUUCGCCUCCAUGAUAGCAUAUCAGAGGAAGGAUUCCAUUACCUAGUGUUUGAUCUAGUGACUGGGGGAGAAUUAUUUGAAGAUAUUGUGGCCAGAGAAUACUAUAGUGAAGCAGAUGCCAGUCAUUGUAUACAGCAGAUUCUAGAAAGUGUAAAUCAUUGUCACCUUAAUGGCAUAGUUCACAGGGACCUGAAGCCAGAGAACUUGCUCCUCGCUAGUAAAUUGAAAGGAGCUGCUGUGAAAUUGGCCGAUUUUGGUUUGGCAAUUGAGGUCCAAGGAGACCAGCAAGCAUGGUUUGGUUUUGCGGGCACACCUGGGUACCUCUCCCCUGAAGUAUUAAGGAAAGAUCCGUAUGGAAAGCCAGUGGAUAUGUGGGCUUGUGGUGUUAUUCUGUACAUACUACUGGUUGGUUACCCUCCUUUCUGGGAUGAAGAUCAGCAUAGGCUGUACCAGCAGAUCAAGGCUGGUGCUUAUGAUUUCCCAUCACCAGAGUGGGAUACAGUGACUCCAGAAGCUAAGGAUCUAAUCAAUAAAAUGUUAACAAUAAAUCCUGCCAAAAGAAUCACAGCCUCUGAAGCCCUGAAACAUCCAUGGAUUUGUCAACGAUCAACUGUUGCUUCUUGUAUGCAUAGACAAGAGACUGUGGAAUGCCUGAAGAAAUUCAAUGCUCGAAGAAAACUGAAGGGGGCUAUUCUCACAACAAUGCUGGCCACAAGAAACUUCUCAGCAGCAAAGAGUUUGAUGAAUAAGAAGACUGAUGGAGUUAAGGAAUCUUCAGAAAGUACCAACACCACCAUCGAAGAUGAAGAUGUGAAAGCACGCAAACAAGAAAUUAUUAAAGUUACCGAGCAACUGAUUGAAGCCAUUAACAAUGGAGAUUUUGAAGCCUACACAAAAAUUUGUGAUCCAGGGCUCACUGCAUUUGAACCUGAAGCACUGGGUAACUUGGUUGAAGGAAUGGACUUCCACAGAUUUUACUUUGAAAAUGCUUUGUCUAAGAACCACAAGCCAAUUCAUACCAUUAUAUUGAACCCCCACGUCCAUUUGAUUGGAGACGAUGCUGCCUGCAUAGCAUAUAUCCGCCUCACUCAAUAUAUCGAUGGCAGUAGCAUGCCAAAAACCAUGCAGACUGAGGAAACCAGAGUCUGGCAUCGCCGUGAUGGCAAGUGGCAAAAUGUUCACUUCCACCGCUCAGGAGCCCCAACUGUACCUGUCAAGUAAGCUAAAAGAACUGGUGCCACUGCUGAAUUGUCAGCACUCAUUAUGGAUUGGAAGAUCAAGAUCACAUUUUAGGCACUUCCAGUCUAUUUUAACGCAUGUUUCUGAAUGCAUGAAGCUCUGACAGUGCACUUGUGACAUGUCCUUUGCUGUUUAUACCAUCCGUAAAUUUUUGUUUACACUUCAUGGGAAGAAAUGUUGCAAGAAGAACGAAACCAAAGGAAGGAAAACUGUUGAAAGUAAUUUUUAAGCCGUUAUUUGCGCCAGGUUUCUUAACUUGUUAUAAUUAUAAAAGUUUAAAUAAAAAUGUAUUUUUUCUGAAUUUCAAAAAUUUUAAAAGCUACUGUACCCCCUCAAUCUGUACAAGAAUACAUUGUAAGUGGCCCGUAUUCAUUUUGAGUCUAGAAAUAGUUUUGUAAUAUAUAAAGAAGGGGAUGUCCUUAAAGUGGCAGGGCACUGUUACAUGCAGUUCCAAAACUUGUUUUACAAGCUGGAAUUAUCUAGUCAGGGCUGGCUGUAUCAGCCUAGCAAGCAACACCUAUUACAGUAGCUGAACAGCCUUUUUUCAUUUGUUUUUUUUUCAGGUGAAACAUAUGGGAAACUAUCUUUUAAACAAAAAGCAAAUUUUGAUGUGCUAGUGCUACUGCUAGUCUUUUAUUUGUUGUUUUCUUAUGUGUCAUCAUCUAGGAUUAUUUUUAAGUUGAUAAUUCAUUUUUACUCAGUUUGGGUGCAAUAUGUUUCAGAAGAAUCAAGCUUGCUUUAAUUAUGGUGAUGUGCAAAUUGUGAUUUCAGUCAAGUGCUUAUUGCUUUGGUGAAAAUAGUUUAGGGUUUUGUGGACUAUGUUAAUCUGCUUGUUUGUAGUUAUCUAUAGUAUCAAUUUAACAAAGAAACACAAGAUCUUGGAAUUUAAACACCAAAUAUAGUGGAUCUGUGAUGUACAUGCAACAUUUAUUUAAGAACUUCCUUGCCUAGGCAGCUGAUCAAACAAACUCAGAUCAUUUAUGACUUUUUAUUUUUCUCCUAUGGACACGGGGAUUGAUGUUUUUAAUGUCAUCCGUGAUAAAUGGUUUAUUAAUACUUUGUGAACAGGAUGAUUUUCGCUUCUGCUUCAGUAUAUUUGUGAAGGUGUUCUUGUAAAAAAAAAACAACCAAGCUACCAGUUAUGUCCUUUUUCCUUUAGAGCGAAUAUUCCCUCUUUUAAAAUGCUUGUUUCUUCGCUGUUGUAUACUUAGAGGGUUAUACUCCAGUGCUGAAUAGUGCAUGUGAUCUUAAUUAAUGUUUUCGGUGAUUGUAUGCAACCAUCAGAUUUCUCAUUCAGUGGUCAAAUCUCGGCAGAAUUAAUUUAUUUAUAAUCUGUGUUUGUUAGUCGCCCACAAAAUAAUAUGGUUAGCUGCUGUAACUAGUUAAAUAGAUGGCAAUAAAGUCUACCCAUUACAUGGAUUCAGAAAUCGUGUUUAAAUAAGCAUGUAUAUUUAUGGGCCAUAUUAAUAUGCCAAUAAGAUCUAUGAAAAAUAGGGAGUUUUUUUUCAUUUUGUUUUAUGGUGACUGGCUGUAGUAACUAAGUGUACUGAAAUCUAUAUAUGUUAUUUUCAAAUUUUAAUACCACAUGUGGUAUUAAAGUAGUAUUAAAGACCAAGUCUGUCUUCCACACCCAGAUCUGAGGAAUGGUGAUUGGAUUUUCCACCACAAUUGAAAUGAUACUUAAGUUCUUUCAUUCUGCAAAGCUGCUGUUUAUCUUGGGACACAGUGUACAGAGUUCUUGCCAUAAUGGUAAAUAAUUGAUACAUUAAAACAAAAUAAAUUUGUGAUUAUUUCUCCUGA